UUUUCAUCCAACAUGUCUUCUUUCAAGAUGAUCUUCUCUGCUGGGGCUGUGGCUGUGGCUCUGCUGGCCUUUUAUGGCCUCAAUGGAGGUCUCUACGUCAACCUGAUGAUCCUCUUUGCUGUGGCUGUGGCUGUGGCUGUGGCUCUGCCGGCCGAUCCUGAGGAGUCACCAGCCGAGGAAGAGGAAAUCCGAUUCUACGAAGCUCCAGUUUUCAAGGCUGAGAGGAUGGAGAGGCCGCUGAAAGGAGUUCCCCUUAAGUUAAGACCAGUGAGCCACUCUGGAGUCAGAGUAACUAUCGCCAAUGGAUCUCGGUGGCUCAUCCAUAAACUGAACAACAGUAGUGACUCCACUGAAAAGGUGGUGGCCAGCGCUCGAGACAUGAGGUCAAACGGGAAGGGGCUCGUCAUUAAAGGAAAGAAAUAUAUCAACUACUAUGUCAACAACUAUGGCGACUCCCCUGACACGGUGGUGAUCAGCGCUCAAGACAUGGGCUCAAACUGGACGCUUGAGGAAACAAAGGAUUUCAAGGGGAAAAAGACAGUAGGGCGCAUGUUGAGGGACGCUGGCUACGAAUACAGUCUCUCCUCUGAUAACUGUCACCAUGCCGCUAACCGAAUGAUGAAUGAUUAAACAUGUUUUCAGCUUUCUGAAAGGUUGAAGAUGCUGUUUGUUUCCUUUCUGCUGAACAGAUAAUGAAAGUGAAACCUCACAAAUAAGAUAAGAAGAUAAGAUAAGUUAUGGAGGAAAUA